AAAAAAAUGUACUAGGGGAGACAUACAGUGCACCUAAGAUGUCAAGUGAAGUCUUGAUUGUUUUUCACGACAAAACAAAGCAAUGUCGUUUCGUUAGAUAAGACGUUUAGCAAUAAGAGGUGUUAUUUACGACGUGUUAUAAGUUUCGGUUCCACUUUCUGUUCAGGAUAAGUGAAAUUAAUAUCCCCAACACAGUAACCCAAUUAUCUCACUCUAACUAUGGACGAAGAAGAGCUGGUUUUAUGUACUCACUGCAAAAAAGAGGUGGCGAAGGCCAACUACGACCUGCACGAACCACACUGUAAGAGGUUUCUGUGUAUAUGCCCUGACUGCGAUGAAACCGUGCCUCGAGAUCAACUGGAGGAGCAUAAAACCGAGCAGCACGCAGAGGUAAAAUGUAAGAUGUGCAACAAAAAGUUGGAGCGAAGGCAUCUGUUGGAUCAUGAGAAAGACGAGUGCUCUGAGAGGCCUCAGAUCUGUGAGUUUUGUCAGCUUGAGCUUCCUCUGAGCAGUCUAAAAGAGCACAAAGUGUCCUGUGGGAGUCGCACAGAACGCUGCUCUGACUGUGGCCAGUACGUUAAACUGAUGGAGCAGCUUGAUCACGCUCAGAUCUGCUCUACUUCCACCCCCACAGCGUCAAAGAACCUGGUCCCUGAAGAUGAUACUGCAGACACAGAUGAGCUGACCAUGCUGCAAUGUCAGAAUUGUCUGAAAUACAUUCCCUCAGACAUUCUGAAGAAGCACAAGCUUCUUUGCAAACAGUCCUUAAAGUUUGCAGAUGUUGAGGAUGAUGACUCUGAGGAUGAAAACCCCAAUCCUGGAAAUGUCAGAGCUGCAGAUUUCUCCUUCUCAUCAUUGCAAAAGAAGAAGAGAGAAACAGAAGACAGAAACAUUGACCUGGAUAAGAUAAGCACCUGUCCACUCUGUCAUCUGGCUCUCCCUGCAAAGACACUCGAAUGGCAUGAGACAAAAUGUGAAUUAUACAAACAUCUGAGCCUGGCAUGAUGGCUGGUGAAAGAAAAGCUGAAUGUGGUUGCUGGAAACUCCAAUCACCACAGUGCUUCUUAUAAAUUGCCAUUGUCUGCUUUUAAUUUGAAAAUAAUGUCUCUUUAAAAUUUCUCUUCAAAACUCUUAAAAAGUUUUAGACAUCCUGAGUGAAGGUACUUUAUGUGCAUACUUUAUUGUUUUAUUAAUUACUAUUAACCCUUUUUAUGAUGCAGUUGUUUGGCUCUUUCAUAAAUUUGUUUGUUUAAACGUUACUGCAUGUUAAAUCCUGACAAACCUCAGACCACAGUGAAAAAUAACAUUAACACAGGAUAAACAAACUAUGAGGGGCUUAAUAUAUUAUAGACUUUAAAUUAUUUCUCUCCCUGCCAAUACAUAUCUUUGUUUAAAAUACCUGAGAAUCCUGCAGACCAUCUACCAAAGGAAGAGUAUUGUAAAAAUCAAUUGGAGAAAAUAGCCAUUUAUUGGGGGAGACAGCAAGAUUCAGUCAGGAUUGCCUUUCCUUAACAUCUAAAUAUUCCUAUAUUAUCUUUUAAUAAGUAUUACUCAGUCGGAUAUGUUUAACUGCAUUGUAAAAUGUUGUUUACUGCUCUAUUGGUUCAUUUGUAAUUUAGUAGAAUAUUCCUAGGAUUUAUUAUUAGAAUUUAAUUUUUAUUUUCUUGGAAGUAAACUUAGUCCUCCUAGUAAUGAUGAAUCUAAUAAAAUUAAUAUUUGUGAAAAUGUAGUUUUUUAAAAACCUGUUGGAAAUGAAAACAAAAGCGCAAGAGUGA